GCUGCGAGGAGAGCGCGCAGGCUUCGCGCGAGGCUUGUGGCAGUCGUCAGGAGGAGGCCGCGGGUUGAGCACGCUCGCUCCGGUCCAGCCGCGCGUCGCGUCGCGAGUUCAGUGCGCCCCUCUAUAGUUUCACUUCUACUCCCUGUGUUGUGUUCGGAUUAAUCUCGGAAAAGAUUUCAAAGAGGAGCUUCUGACGUCACUGAACAUUAAUAUACCGCAUGCAACCUUGAAGAACAUAUCUUCGAUCUUGGGACCUAAGUUCUUCACCAAAGAUGAGAACGACAUGGAGCUUGGUGCUUUUGGCGCUUUUUGUCAUCGUCUUAGCUGACUCGACUGAAGAACUCAAAACUUCAGUGGAGAAUACAAGUACGUCUACGGACAGCUCUCAAGAAGAUGUCGAGCCCAAAGAAGCCUGGAUGCGAGCUCCGGGCGGAGGCGUAACAGUAAAGAGUGGCGAAGAUGCCUUAUUAACUUGCGUGGUACUUGGAGCUAGAGGACGUCCAGUCUUCUGGAGGAGAGCCAGAGACCUCCAGUUAUUAACAGCUGGAGCUGUAAGAGUCACAAGAGACGACAGAAUACAGGUGCUUCAUGAUGACUCUGAAGAGCCGCUCCAAGGUCCCGGAAUCAAGAAGGGCGGCGACGUGUGGGCGCUGGUCAUCAAAUCUGUGAAGCCUUCAGACGCUGGUCUUUACAUGUGUGAACUGAACACUGAGCCUCCAGUUAGAAGCUUUCACAGACUUACUGUGAUAUCAAGAGGUCUUACUCCUCCCGAGAACCGCAACAUUACAGACACGUAUUCAGCCUACACUCCCACGCUGUCGUCAGUGGCCAUGGCACAUAACUACACGGAUUGCUGUCUCUCUUCUAAUGUCAGUAAAAGCUGCCUGGGAUUCUGCAGCAUCCAGACUAUACUCGAAGGCACUGGACAGGACCCGGAGACUUGCCAGCCGGAUUUUCCUGCUAUAGUCAAGUGUAUGGCGGACGGUCGCAACCACGUGCCCUGCUGCGUCCAGGAGCAUGUCCCGGAUAUAUGCCAGGACGUGUGCCGAGGAGAGUUCACUCCGGUCACCGAUAACAUCAAGACUCAUUACUCUUGUGCUUCCUACAUGGAGAAGACAUUAGCUUGCAUUGUCGAGGGGAUCGAACUUCUGCCAAGUCCUCCAGAAGACGUGGAAGUCGAGCCACUGAAUGAGAAACAGUUGAAUGUCUCGUGGAAUCCACCAGUCCAGAACGCCGACACUAUAACCGAAUACAUAGUCAAUGUCACAACUUUGAGGUCUUUUGAUGCUCACCUCAUUGACCCGUCCGAAAGUUCUAUUAGGAAUAACACAGUGAGCAAGCCUAUUACAGUUAAGGUACCUGCUAGUAAAUCGUUCCUAGUGCUGGACGAUCUACUGCCUUUCACGAUGUAUGAAAUAACUGUGACUUCGUAUAAUAUUCACGGGUCGAGUCUGCCCAGUUACGCUAUCAGGUCAUUAACAUUAACUCCUGGGAAGAUGAAGACCACAGAAGUAGCAGCAGCUCCCAAGUUACCGGACGUGAAGAAAUGCUGUGAAGCAGGCGGAGUCAAUCAUUAUGGUUGCAUCAGUAAACUGUGUGAUCCUACUAAGACUUUUGAAAUUGAGCAGCUGCAGGUGACAGAUCUGAUGAUAUGCGCGCCCUGGGCUGGGAUCACGUUUGGAUGCCUAGCUAAUGGAAUGGACCACACCCCUUGCUGCCGAGCUCGCGGUCUACCUGACUCCUGUCUUCCCCUGUGCAGUGGAAAUAUUACGUCGAUUGACUUCAAUCACUUUAAAUGCCUUCGCUACAUGAAGUCCUACACCAACUGUCUGCUCCAAGGGUACGGGGUUCUACCAGGGCCACCAUCUAAGCUAUACCUGACAAACAUCGACACAGACUACGCCGUGGUUCAUUGGUCACCCCCUACCGUCCUUGCAGACACGGUGCAAGCCUACAACUUAUACUAUCGCUCGCUGCAAGUUGAUGACGAUUACAGAGCUUUGGAGUUUGUUCACUCACCGUACAUACUAGAAGAUCUGGAGUCGAAUACCGACUAUGAGAUAUACGUGGAGGCUGUGAACGAGCACGGUGUUGGGGAUCCUUCACCCAGACUCAUAUUUAGAACACAAAGUCAGGUAAUAGAAGAAGAAAUAGAAGAGGCAAACGCUUAUAACGUAACUGCGUGCUGCGAAAGAGUUCAGCUCGCAGGAGUGUGCAUGCCGCUCUGUUCUUACGAUGCCAAAAUGUCGGACCUCAGGACCUUGGCUCCGCUGUGCGCUCAGGAGUUCCACAAGAUACUGCGAUGUGGUGCUGGAGGUCGAAACCACGAGACCUGCUGCGCCAGGAGGGGCGUCCCCGGGAUCUGUCGCGGAGUGUGCGCCGGCGCCUACACGGGGAGCGUCAAUACUUGCGUGCCUUACAUCGGCAAUAUCGUGCAGUGCUUUGAGGAAGGCACUGGUAUACUGCCCGGUCCCCCUCGAGAGCUCCACGCGGUCAUCUCGUCGAAGAACUUGUAUUUGGACUGGGCGGCACCACAAGACGGUGCCAAUGCUACAUCCUACAUUGUCUUCUGGCAAAAACUGGAUAACAACACCCAGCCGUACAGCUACAACACCAUGCAGUCCACUUACAACCAAAUCAAAACAAAUGACACGAUGGUCACCAUCCAACACGAGAGCUUGGAGGUGAACAGCACGUGCCACGCGUUCGUGGUGGCCGUCAACGAGCACGGCUCCUCGCUGCCAUCCAGCAUGCUGCUGUUUAACGUUACCGAAGAGGAGCAAGAAGUUUCUGGUAUCCCAUCCCACCCACAUUCGCUGUCCGUAUCGUCACACUCCGCCACGUGGCUUACCCUGACCUGGCAGCCACCGCAGUUCUCGCAAGCUGACGAGAAGAUCACCUACACAUUAUUCUUCAAAUCUCCAACUCAAAUGGGUGCAAAUAUCACGAAUAUCACCACCACAGUACCUGGAUAUACGUUGGAGAAGCUUACCCCGAACACCCAGUACAUAGUGUGGGUGAAAGCUCACGCUACAGCUGGAGACUCCUUGCCUUCUGAGACUUUACUGGCUUGGACGGAUCCAGCAUAUCCUGCUUAUGUAGAACCCCCGACGGUAAACCCCGUGAACCUGGUGAUGGAAGGCUCCAGCAUGACAAUCCUUUGCAUCGCCAUGGGAACACCAACCCCAACAAUAUCUCUAUAUAUAUCUGGUCGUUUAGUGAGGCAGGAUGUUACCAGACAUAUGGUGACAGUGAUUCAUAACGUUACCCGGGAUAUGGACCAGAUCUCCUGCUACGCUGACAACGGGUACGGCACACCCAUGCAGGCUUCCAGAAAGAUUAAUAUAUCUCAUGUGCCAUCGAUCCAAGCGUCAGGCAUCACAAUGGCGGCGGCCGGUGACUCCGUUAUCCUGGAAUGCAGAGUGGAGGCACUUCCCAAACCUACCGUAGCCUUCUGGAGGGACCCUAACGGUAGAACUCCCGUUAUUGAUGGACCUAACUACAGUAUACAGCUUCAACCGGACCUGGAGGAACCAACCAAAUAUACCAUGCGUCUGAUCAUCAAGAAGAUAUCAGAAGCUGACGAAGGAGACUACUUCUGCCACGCUGAGAACGCCUUCGGGAAAGCCCUGAGGCCAGUCUCGGUUAGACUACGACCUACGACUCCUCAUCACAAUGUCACCGAGUGCUGCGCUCAGAUGAACGUGUCCUCGCAGUGCAUAGACGCCUGCAGCUUCCACCUCGACAUGGACAAUAUCAUGGACCGUCCGGAGUGCAUGAACGACUUCGACAAGCUCAUGAAGUGCGCUGCCGAUGGAUCCGAUCAUCGUAGUUGCUGCGCCUCUUGGGGCGUUCCGCGUAGUUGCUUGGAGCUGUGCCGAGGAGGGUCAGUGACCAGGUCGUGCGCGCUGCAACACGCCCGGCGCGCCCUGGCCUGCUUCAGGGACGCGGGCGGGAAGCUGCCCGGCCCACCCAGGAACUUAAAGGCACAUGUAGCUCCGACCCCUAACGCUGUACUAUUAAGUUGGGAUCCUCCAGUCAAGAACCCUCAAACCGUGUACCUAUAUCGCGUGUUCUGGCGCGCCUACGGAGCCAAAGUCCCGGAGAAGCUGGACACCAGCGAGACCAGCGUCGUGCUGACCGGUCUCCAAGAUGACAUCAGAUAUGAAUGCGUCGUGAAAGCUGCUAAUGACGUCGGAACCUCUUCUCUCAGCCCGUCAAUAAUGUUCACAACCAGCGGCCAAGAGUCUUCAGCCGCAGCAGCCCCAGUGGCGACUGGAUCCGCAGCACCUGCAGUGGGCGUCGCCAUGGCCUGCGUUGUUGUUGCCGCUAUUCUACUUGCAGCCGGAUUCUACUACAGACACAGAAAGAAUCUCCGACUGAAGGCGCAAGGUGGAGUGGCGUUUGAGAACCCAAGUUACCUGAGAGAACCAAACCCUGAUACCGUCAUUAAUGGCACCGUACCUAACGGCAAUGCCAAUGGCGGAAACGGAGUCACAAACGGCGUCUCCAACAGCGCAGCUUGGAGACAAGAAACCCUUCAGAAUCCCGGCACAGCAGUGCCCACCGCCAGGGAGGUGGAGCCUACUCUUUAUGAGGAAUUGAAGCUUGGACAGGACGGAGCUGGUUUCAAGAGGCUGAAACCAUAGCAGGAGGUUGCGGUGCGGUCGCCGCUACGCUCGCCGCGGUUGACGGCGCGCGUGUCGCCGCGAUACUGAGCACCGCAGCGCCCCACGCGCCUUAUAUACUGCGUAUCCCCACCACGCAGAUGGAGGGGGGCCGGAAUGUACCGUUUGUAAAGUAUUAAAAAUAAAAUAGAUUAGGAAAAUCUGAACUGUUCUCAGAUGUAGAUCCUAAACAAAAGUAAUAUGGCGACAGCGGUGUGUAGAUAAAUAAGUACCUUAGUUAUUUAAAUAUAAUAUAUUUUCAUUAAAGUAAUUUUUGUGAUUUAAACCAAAAAAAAAAUGAAGACCUCACUAAGCCCUUUUCCACUUCAUGUAAAUAUCAAUCUAAAAUGUUCUGAUAAUAAAUAGUUACAGGUGUUAUUUUAUCAUAGAAUUUCAGAUAAAUAAAAGGUUGUAUGUAUUCAUUCAUAAAAGUAUAUACUCUUAUAGCGAAUAAAAAAAUCACACAUCACGGCAACGAUGGUUCGUUAUUGUUGUAAAUUUAACCCUUGCUCUAAAUACAUUAAGCUCAAUAUUUUGUGAACAAAAGUGUUUGUGUGUUUUCCAGUUACAUGAAUCGGGUGAAUUUACCCUCCAAUUAUGAAUUUAUAUCCAUCAAUAGAAAGAGACGGCCAUAGUUUUGUGUACUCCAGCCUCCAGUGAUGUUCACAGCGGGAGACAACGGCGUGUCUCUUUCUAACCGUGUGUGAGCUAUAUUCGCUAACCGCCAGAUAUACCGUCAUGUUAUGACGUCACAUCACAAUAUGUCAAUGAAACGUAUUUCUAUUAUAAUUAGUAUUAAAUUAGUGAACAAAAACAUGUGCCUUCAUGUAUUUUACGAUAAUAAUAUUAACUAGUGAUUUUUGGUCUGUAUAAAUUGUAAAUAUUCGUAGUGCGUUCUCUUUCUAACAAAACCGAAGCAGGUUUAGUUUUUACGUUCUAGAGUAACAUAAUAAUAUUCGUUGAAGUUGAAAUCAGAGUAAAACUUUUUGUAAAAAAAAAUAAAGAGUGUAUUAUUGAAUAUUUUAGAGUGAUAAUUAGUGAUUUUUCCUAGAAAAUUAAUAUAAAAAGCAUAUCAAUUCAGUUACCAUUUAAUUAUAAUUUUAUUAAAAUUUAUUAAUAUUAUAAUAGUUAGAUUGAAUAUCGUUUGGACAUCAUCUUUGAGAUCAAAGAGCCAAGACUGGGCAAGCAGCAAAAUGCUUUAGCUUUUCUGAAACAAUUAUUAUAAACGUAACAUAGUGCGUUCAGGAAUGCUCACCACAGUCGGCAGUUUCUUCGUAAUGUAUGGACAAUGUUAAUAACAUGACAGAUUGCAUGACCAUAGCACUGGAACCGCUUGCCUGUCUUCUUGAAUGAAGUUAAAACCUUAGCAAAAAUAGUGUUAAUUCCUUUUGUUAUUUUGUCUAAUAAAUUAAUGGACUACCUUGAAAAUGACCUGUGAUUAUUGUAACUGUUCUGUUAAUCUUGCUCAAGCUGUGUAUGUGUGUGUAAAUAAAUAUAAAUGAUCUCAAUUUAUAACACUGUUUUCCAUAGGAUUCCCGUGUAAGGUUUUUCGUAAUUGACUGCCCCGAAAUGUUAAGUAUUUGGUAUGUCUAAAUUAUUAACAUAAUUUGUAAAUUCGUUGCUUUACCGAAAUUCAACAAUCCGUUAUUGCUGAAGCCAAAUAUUAAUAUUUCAAAUAUUAUAUUCCACAUAAAAUAACAAAGAGAACGAUCUUGCUUUCUAUUUUAUCUUCCUAAUAAUUUUAUGAAACUAAAUAAAUAUAAACAUACACAGUCAUGAGCUAUCUCAUUUAUCUAUUGUAAAAACAUUCCAUAGAUUUAUUGAAAGUUAAUUUUAAUGAUAAAUGGAUGUGAUUCGGUUUGUAAAUAAUUAAAUGGUAAAUAAAAUAA